UUUUUAAAAGAUAUAUCACUGAUUUUUUUAAGGGUUUAGCAUUAUUUUUUUAGGGGUACACUACGUUGUACACGAAUCAUAAGUUAAGAUGAAAAAUUUAUUUCAUAUUUUUCUUUAUAAGUCCCAAAAAAUACUGUUUGGUGUUUCUGCAUGUAUUUUCGUAUAAUAUGAUGAUAAUGGCGAUUCCGGUACGUACAAUGUUAAGAUUAAGCUGUCUUUCUGAUUAAAAAAUUGUCUACCCUCUAGUUUGUCUCAAAAAUAAUUUAAGAAACUACAAAGUAUUUAAUAAUUGGCUUAUGAAUAGACAAUAAAAAUAUUUCUAAAAGAAUUAUCACGUGACAGAAUUUUGUCAAUUUAUGUCAAUAUAUAUAAAUAAAGUCUAUCCUCAAGUGUUAGAAAAAUGAUUGUUUGUUAUUUUUAAAGACAGAAACACUUAAGGGUGUAUAUUUCCUAUCGUGAAUAUUUGAUACGUUAUCGUUAAUAUGAGAUAAAGCGAAACAAAAUGGCGAAGGGUGGGCGGGAUAAUAGUUCCCUUGAUCCCGCAUUUUGGACAACUACCUCUUGGAUACAGUUGUUAUAUGGUAUGUGGGUGAAUAUGGCUCAGCUGGGCAUAGGACUGGCCUUCGGUUUCCCUGCCGUGCAAGUCCCUCAGCUGUCGAGCCCAGAGUCACACAUAAAAAUAACCAGAGAUGAGGCUUCGUGGAUCGCAAGUGUAUUGUCAUUAUUUUCUCCAAUCGGAUGCUUACUAAGCGGGUUUUUAAUGGACAAGUUUGGACGUAGAAUAAUGCUGAUCAUGUGUCAGGGACCCAUGUGUAUUGGGUGGCUGUACACCGGCCUAGCCCAGACGGGCAAUCAAAUUAUUAUAGGUAGAGCAAUAACGGGCAUCGGUUGUGGGAUGGCUAUGGGCCCUCCAAGAAUAUUCACCACCGAGAUAUCUUUGCCCAAUAUGCGAGGGGUUAUAGGAGCAUUCCCCGCUCUGGCCAUCUCUAUGGGAAUUAGCAUGCAGGCUGGCCUGGGCUAUUUUUUCGCGUGGCAAUUCUUAUGUUACUUUUGUUCUGCAUUCACCUUCUUCAACUUUCUGAUAUUUAAUCUGCUUCCCGAAACGCCAUACUUCUUAUUGAUUAAGGAAUCGCCAGAGAGGGCCCAGAGGAACCUGGCCAAGUUCAGGGGAAAGAAAUAUGAUAUAGACUCUGAAAUGUUGCAACUCAUAGAAUUUAAGGUUGAUAACAAUCUUCGUAAAUUGAAACUAAGGGAAAAGAUAAAUAUAAUGUUCAGUAGAGUCGCCUGCCAACCGUUCAGUUUGAUCAAUACUUAUAUUUUGACCGCUCAAGCUUCAGGCGUCUCUGUCAUACUAGUUUGGGCUAUAGAAAUAUUGAAAACAGCGAAUUCAUCUUUUGACGUGCACACUGGUAACUUCCUAAUGGCGCUGACCAGGCUCAUUGUGGGCACGUUUACUUCAAUCUUACUGUUUAGAGUCGGAAGGAAACCUUUAGCAUUGAGUUCAGCCGUCGGCGUAUCAGUGGUGUGCUUUACUCUAGGUGUUUUUAUCCAUUACAAUGAAGCACCCAGUCUCGUGCCACAAGUGGGUUUCAUGGCAUACAUGGCCUUUGCUAGUUUAGGCUACUAUACACUGCCAUUCUUGAUGAUGUCAGAACUAUACCCUUUACAAAUAAGGGGCACGCUAGGUGGCAUAACAGUGUCCCUAUGCAGUUUUUUCAUAUUCGGAACUUCGAAAAUAUUUCCAUACAUAAGAGAUAGCAUGGGUUUAGCCAAUACGAUAGUGUUAUUUGGAAUCUGUUCUUUGUUUGGUACACUCUUCCUGUAUUUUUUUUUACCAGAGACCAAAGAAUUAACGUUGCCUGAAAUUGAGGAGUACUACAAUGCUCGGCGGUCAACGCUUGUUUCCCAAAGACGAGUUAUGACUAUGCAAAUGCAUCGAGCAAAUAGUGAUCCGACUUUGGUGCCACACAAGUCUGGCUCGGACUCUUUCAAACUGGUGAAAGAAAAUGAUAUUUUAAAUCCAGACGGAACAAAAUCACGAGGCGGUAAAAAACCCGAGCAACUAGCAAAAUCAACUAAAAGAAUGUCACUAGUUCAACAUGAUAAAUUAGAAAGAAAUGCCAUAAAAAAGCUACAGAAAAAAACCGCAAAAGAGAAAUCGACGAAAGAACGAGUAAAACGAAAAAUGCACCCUUCUGACGUUAGUUUCCACUCCUUAAAACCUUCUAGAUCAUCGGGAAGUGUUAAAUCAGGAGAAUAUUUGAGGGAAGAAGAUGAAUCGUCGCAAAGUGAUGAACAAGCACAUCAUAAGGAAGCGAGAAAAGAAAAUUUCGACCUAGGUCUUUUUGGAAACCCAUUAAUGAUACAUAGUGAUGAGUCUCUUUCAUUUUAUUUAAAAAAGAUUGAGAUUGAGCUAACUGCUCAAUCAAGUUCUAGGAAGAAAAAUGAAAAACCUAAAAGACACAGUAUUCAGCCAAAGAAAACUAAACCUGUUAUCGAUGAAAGUUCUAAAAAAGAGCAAGCUCUUAGAAUUGAACCUAAGAAUGAGCCAGUUUCAAUCAAAGAACAACAAAGCUCAGACAAGGGAAGUAUUCAUGAAAAGGAAGUGAGUCAUAAAAGGGAACACAUAGAAUUUAACAUGAAACCUGAGAAUGAGAAAGUUUUAUCUAUAGAUCCAGAAAGGAAAGAAGAACCUGUAGUAAAAGCGAGCCCAGUCUCUGAGCAAGAGCCUAAAGUGAAGCCAAGUUCUAUAAAAAAAACAAAACCAGAUACGGAACACGAGCCUAAACCUGAGCCAAUAAUUAAAAGGGCCACAUUUAGGGAACAAUUAACGAGUGCCCCAUUACUAGAUCAGUCUAUUAAACUAGCUGAAAUGUACAGAAGUGAUGUAUCUCUAACCAUUAAUGACGAUGACACAGAAAGAAAUAAAGAUAGUGCUCCGAAGAAGGUUACUCUAGAAAAUGAUGAGGAUGUUUCUGAUAGUGAAGGAAGUGAUUCCACAGUAUCCUCACUAUCUAGUGAUGAUAGUAUUUUGAAUGACCAAUCAUCAGAGGGAACGGACGAUUCAAGUUCAAUGGAGCAAUUACAUCCAUUGAAUAAAGAUGACGAUAAGAAUGACGAUAAGAAUGAAGAUAAGAAUGACAAUAAGAAUGACAAUAAGAAUGACAAUAAGAAUGACAAUAAGAAUGACAAUAGGAAUGACAAUAAGAAUGACAAUAAGAAUGACAAUAAGAAUGACAAUAAGAAUGACAAUAAGAACGACGAUGAAGACGAUAUAAAUAAACCAAGCACAAGCAAGUCAGUACAUUAA